AACCCUGUCGCAAACCCUCCGAGCAAUGUCAAAAAGAUUCGUUAAUGGCCAUCUUCAGAUCACUCAAAGCCCUAAUUUCUCAAUCUUCGAGGAAGCUAUCCAAUCCCGAUCCUUCUAGAACGUUCUUCUCCCUCUCUCUCGCCUCCACUUCCCCAAUUUCAUCUCCAUAUUCGCUGCCCAGUAACGGUUACAUCCGCCGCCAUUUUCUGUUUCGGUCGAGAUUACUCUUUCCGGUGGGGGGGCCUCUCUUCCUCUUCAAUCCUCCGUGGAAGCUCUCCCAGUCCUCCACCCCUCUUUUCUUACAAUCCGACAUCGUCCUCAAUUUCCUGAAACUACGUGCAAUAAAUUUACUUCAUCAACCGGCAUUUAGGUACAAUCUUGGGCAUAAUGCUCCGAGGCUAUUGAAUGAGAACGUUAACGAGGAAUUUAGAAAAGUUGCAGAGGUUGGAGCUAGUAGUGGCGAUGAUGCGAUCAGAGACAGUUACUUGAAUCUCCCUAAUUUUAUUUCCUUUAGUCGGAUGCUUUCCGGUCCGUUGCUUGGAUAGAUGAUUGUACAUGAUAUGCAUUCCUAUGCAUUUGUUGGGCUUGCUGUUUCUGGAACAAUUGAUUGGGUA